CAACCAACAAAUAGUCAUUCCUUUCUCCUUAAGUUUUCUUCCCUCUAUAAAAUAUUCCAAUUUAAACAAAAACUAUGAGCAUUCUGUUAUCAAAAAUGCCUUCUGAAAUUUGGGUUGUUCCGUUUUUUGGGCAGGGCCACCUUCUUCCAAGCAUUGAACUCUGCAAGCUCAUUGCUUCCAAAAAUUUCAAAACCACGCUCAUAAUUUCCUCUGAUCUUUCCUCCACCAUUCCCUCCUCUUUCUCCCAAUAUCCACUCAUCCAUGUUGCCCAAUUACCCUCCUCUCCUCCUCCUCCGCCGCCGCCGGAGCCCUCAUCUGACCCCUUCCAACAUCACCUUCAACAUCAUUCACAGAUGGCACAAGCUAUUCAAAAUCUCAUCUCUAUCCGAUCCCAGAACCCAGAUCUUGGGUUUCCUGUUUGUGCUGUUGUUGAUGUUAUGAUGAGUUGGACUGGUGAAAUCUUCAACAAGUUUGGGAUUCCAACUGUUGGGUUCUUCACAUCAGGAGCUUGCUCUGCGGCCAUGGAGUAUGCCAUGUGGAAGAACUACCCUAAAGAUCUGAAACCUGGAGAGAUUCGGCUGCUUCCUGGAUUACCGGAAGACAUGGCUCUCACGGACCUAGACCUUAAAGAAAGACCUCAUGGACCUCCUGGUCCUCCUCCAGGCGGAAUUGGUGGUGCACCAGUGGUUCCACCUGGCCCACCCGGUGGUUUUCCAAGACCUCCUGGUGGUAUUGGACCACGGGAUUUUGGUCCGCCCAAGGCUGCAGAUCAACCACCAUGGUUAGAGGAAACUAAGGGAUCGAUUGCGUUGAUGAUCAAUACCUGUAAUCUACUCGAGCAACCUUUCAUCGAGUACCUAUCUACUCAAAUCGGAAAACCGGUUUGGGGUGUAGGUCCGCUGUUGCCCGAUCAGUACUGGAAAUCAUCCGGUUCAAUCCUUCAUGAUCACCAAUUCCGAGCCAACCGGCGGUCCAGUGUCACUGAAGACGAGGUAAUCACAUGGUUAAAUUCAAAACCACGUGGAUCAGUACUAUACGUGUCGUUCGGCAGUGAAGUGGGUCCAUCAAUUGAAGAAUAUCAACAUCUAGCUAAUGCAUUAGAAGAAUCAAACCGAUCAUUUAUCUGGGUAAUCCAACUCGGUUCAGGCAGACACGGUCCACCCAGACCGGCGGGUCAAGCGGAAACUGAAGAAGGCUAUUUUCCUCAUGGGUUAAAGGAAAGAGUUGGGGAGAGAGGUUUGAUAAUACACGGAUGGGCACCACAGUUGUUGAUACUGAAUCAUCCAUCAACGGGUGGGUUUUUAUCACACUGCGGAUGGAAUUCAACCGCAGAAGCAAUUGGUUUGGGGAUGCCGAUUUUGGCAUGGCCGAUAAGAGGAGACCAAUUCUUUAAUGCAAAAUUGAUAGUGAAACAUUUGAAACUUGGGUAUAUGAUUUGUGAUGAUAUGUCGACAAGGGUUAAAAAGGAUGCAAUAAUCAAAGGAAUGGAGAAGCUGUUGGGAGAUGAAGAUGUCAAGCAACGGGCAGCAUUGCUUGGUGCUCAAUUUCGCAAUGGGUUUCCACCGAGUUCACUUGAUGCUUUGGAUGCCUUCAGGGAUUUUAUUAACCAUAACAAAACCUAAGUUUCAUUUCUGCAUCUUUUUCUUUUGCAAGAUGAAACGGGAAGGCUUGCGUUGUGCACACUGGCUGCUCCAAGUUUACAUGCUUUACGCCUAGAUAAGCUUUUUUUCCUUUUUGUUAUAAAAAUAGCUUCUUUAAAAAAAUUAGCUGCUGCAGAUUUCAUGGCUGUAGCUCUCAUGGACAUUUUCUCUUUUGCUGCUACUUAUUGCCUCCUUGAGUUUGGGAUUCUCAAAUAUUUUUUAGUUGCUGUUUAGGAAUUCUUUGCCGAGAAAUUCCAGCAUUUUUCUUGAAGUAGCAA